AUGGAGACAAAGGGUCAAGUGAAAAGGGCCAAGUUCUUUCUCAAACGUGAUGCCCACCCAGAUGGCGCUAUGGGAAGGCUCGAACGACGGGAAGCUAAAAAGAAGGAAAAGACGGGGGAAGGCGUGGCCGCCGGCUGGGCAGUGGCUGCGACUGUGCGCAAGACUUGCCCGUUUCCGAGCAGCAUGCGCAGAGGGGGGCUACGAUGUAUUGUGAAGGCAGGCGCGAGUGGGUGGUUAGCAUCGACGGUGGAAGGCGACGGGGGGGAAAAAGAGGGUGGAGAGGCGCGAGGGAAGUUGCGGCCGGCAUCGACGGGCAGUCGCACUACUCUGAGGGGGCAGGAGCGGCGGGUGGAGAGACGCCACCCGGAGUCUAUCUUUUGUGGGCAGGCAUCUCGCAAAGGCUCGUUCACGUUGCUGCAGCACGUCUUGCGAGCAGGCGAGGUCCUUACCUCCGCCGUCUCUCUCCGUCUCACCCACGCUGCCACGCACUAA